AUGUCCGCUUCAAUCCCUGGUAAUCGAGACCUCCCUGCAUCCAGGCACGAUCUCAAUACGUACUGGGGUAGAGUUAAGCAGGCGGCAGAAAUUUCGGAUCCCAGGACGUUGUUUGUCUCUCGGGCUGGUCUGGAAAAGGCUAAAAGCCUAAUUGCAUUGUAUAAAAAUGGCCACGUCCCGUCCAUGACCCCUGAACUCUGGCACGCCAAGCAAAUUGUCGAUUCGACCAUACACCCAGACACCGGCGAACCUGUCGUUCUCCCCUUUCGCAUGUCAUGUUUCGUCCUUUCAAAUCUGAUUGUAACUGCGGGAAUGCUCACACCUGGCCUUGGGACAAGGGGAACUGUUCUCUGGCAAAUUGCCAAUCAAUCUCUAAACGUCGCUAUCAAUAACGCCAACGCAAACAAGUCGACUCCGCUAUCUUAUUCUACCAUUGCAAAAUCAUAUCUUAUGGCAGUAUCCGCCUCCUGUUCCGUCGCUCUAGGCCUAAAUGCGGUCGUCCCACGGUUAAAAAGGGUAGCACCCAAUACAAAAUUAAUACUAGGGCGUUUAGUGCCUUUCGCAGCCGUGGCUACUGCAGGCGUUCUUAAUGUGUUCCUAAUGCGCGGCGAAGAGAUCCGCAAGAAUCGAUGUCUAUCCAGUGCUCUCCGACGAGGAGAAAGCAAAACGAGAAGUUGA